AGUCGCUUAUAUUUUUAAUCUCAAACUGUUUACAAAGACGAUUCUUAUAUUAAAGGAAGAUGUUGAGAAAUGAAGAUCAAUCAUCAAUCUCUCUAUUUAUAUGUUUCUAAUUUCUUCUACUCUAUUCAUAUCAAUAUUCCAUAAUCCUUAUUAAUCUCUCCAUCAUGACGACUAAGAAAAUCGAGAUCAAAGUGAAUAUCGAUUGUGAGAAAUGCAAACAUGCAAUCAUGGAGGCUGUUACAGAGCUAGAAGGUGUGAAUAUAGUUUCACUGGAUCAAGAGAAGGGUAUACUAACCGUGGUGGGUACUAUGGAUCCGGUCUGCGUAGCGGAACAGCUUAGGAAGGUUAAACAGAAACCAGUAGUAAUCAGCGUCGGACCACCAAAAAAACCAGACCCAAAAAAACCAGACCCCAAGAAGGACCCUUGUUUCCCUUACUACUAUUACACCCCCCGUGACAUGAUAUCAGUCAAUACCUAUGAGAGCGGAAGCGGCUGCACCAUCGUUUGAAUCCUGUCUCUCUUCUCUUUGUCUCCAUGUAAAAUCCUGCAAUCUUUAGUCGAUAAUUUUUUUUUUUUGUGAUCCUGUUAUAUCAUACUAUGUGAUGAAUCUUUGUUAGUGGCUCCUCUUGAACCAAGUAAUAUCAUUAGAUAAUACAUCAUUUAA